GUAAUUGCUUCGUAUUAUAGAUCACAGUCGGUCACAGUCCGCUCCGGUGCUCAGUGUCGGGACCCUGCUGGAGCAUACACUUUAGGGAGUGUCUAGGGGCCCGGGAAUACCUCAGCUGAAGGUCGGGGAUAAGGAAGAAAGUGAGGACUUUGAGAAAGGAGGCCCAGCCCUCAGGGGCGGAGACGGGCGGGCCGGGGAGGGCCGGCUAGUGGCUCAGCCCAGGCGGGCGGGGCGCUCGCUCGCACCUGCUCUGUGGCGGCGGCACUCGGACGGCUAGUGGCCAGCGGACGGCUCGGAGGCGCUCAGCGCAGGUGUCCUGGAAUCCUGAUGGCAAACUUCAAGGGCCAUGCUCUCCCAGGGAGUUUCUUCUUGAUAGUUGGACUGUGGUGGUCAGUGAAGUACCCGUUUAAGUACUUUCAUCAAAAGAGAAAAAGGAGCCAAUAUUAUCAGCGUCUUGAGAUCACUGAAGCUGCCAUCAGAACUUUAUUUUCAAUCAUUGGGAUUCUGGCAGAGCAGUUUGUUCCGGAUGGGCCCCACGUCCACCUGUACUCUGAAAACCACUGGAUAAAGUUAAUGAACUGGCAGCACAGCACCAUGUAUCUAUUCUUUGCAAUCUCGGGAGCCAUUGAUAUGCUCACCUAUCUUAACACCCACGUUCCCUUGGGGAUCGACAGAUUGGUUAUGGCUGUGGCAACAUUCAAUGAAGGUUUUCUCUUCUAUCACCAUGUUCAUAACCGACCACCACUGGACCAGUACAUCCACUCACUGCUGCUGUGUGCUGUAUUUGGAGGGGCUCUCAGUAUAUUCUUAGAGGUGAUUCUUCGGGACAACAUUGUGCUGGAACUUUUCCGAACCAGUCUCACUAUUCUUCAAGGCACCUGGUUCUGGCAGAUUGGGUUUGUGCUGUUCCCACCCUUUGGAGCACCCAAAUGGGACCAGAAAGAUGACUCAAACAUCAUGUUUAUCACCAUGUGCUUCUGCUGGCACUACUUGGCCGCCCUCUGUAUUACAGCUGUCAAUUACUCUCUCGUUUGCUGCCUUUUGACUCGGUUAAAGAGGCAUGGAGGAGAGAUCAUUGAGAUUCAGAAGCUAAAAUCAGAUCGCAAGUACCAGGAGGCCCUCUUGGGUGGCUCAGAUGAAGAAUGAAAGGCCAUCAGUCAUCAAUGGGGGGGUGGCUAUAUCCCUUUGAGCACAAACAGCUAGUGUUUAAAGGUGUAGCUCAUCUCUAUUUUAAUGCUGGCUUUAAUCUGCUCUUAAAGUUCUAUGUAUUUGCACCUUUUCAUUUAAUUGACUAGUCUGUGUUGGUAUGGUAUCCUUCAUAAAGAAAACCAAAGCAAGCCUUUAUUUGUGUCUCAGAGUGAAAAGAAAUCAGACUCCGAUAGUUUCAGAACAGGAAGUGGCCUCAUGGAUGAAUCCAGGAUAUGAAUCCGGCAGAACUUACUGCUUCUGAUAACGUUAUCUUUUUCCUCACGAAAGCAGGUACUUUCUUAUCAGAAAGUGAAUGACAGUGCCUUAUUUUAGAAAAGUAAAAAAGUAAUGAUUUAUUUACAAGCUUUGGUAUUUGAAAUGUUGUUAAACAUCUCCUAACUAAUAAUAUUCCAGAGUACUGUUGAUAAGUGACGAAGUUAGGCCAAGGGUGAUUUUUUAUUUAAUCAAGAAGCUAGUUAGUGGCCCAGCAGAGAGCUGGAACUCAGAUGUUCUGACUCUUCAAAAGUACCCUCAUAAGAGGAUGCUGACAGGAAAUCUGUAUGAUGAGGUAGAGAAAAAAUGUCAGGUUAUGGAAGGCCUUGAAUUUUAAAUACAGCUGAAAGCAAAGGGUAAGAAUCCUGCAAAGAAUAUGAAUCUUGAACUAGCAAUGUAAAUCUUGAUACUCUAGUCUUGGUUCUGAAUGUGUUCUUUUUUAAACCUCCUUCAACAAAUAUUUAUUAAACAUCUGCUUUGCACCAGCA